UACGCGCGCUGGCGGCAUGUGGCAAGUACCGCGGGAGGAGGACCCCCACCCAGCCCUUCCUUAGCCCGCGCUCGCAGGUCCCCCGCGAGUGAGUGGAGCUGUGGUGGUCGUGUAGUCUGCGUUGAGCACUCAUAGCUACAGGCAGCCUCACGAGCCGCUCUUGAGAGGUCACAGGCGCCGUUUUCUGUAGAGUAUGAAGGUGCCACCGCUGAACCUGACUCCUGACGUGAAUCGCGUGGGCAUGGCUCUCCCCUUCAGCCCGGACUUGCUGUGGAGGUACCCGCUGUCUCUCCCGCAGUCGGCCUCCCCGUCCUCGCCAAUGCUUGAUGUGAAGACGCAGAUGCCCACACACCUCGCUGCUGACCCGCGGCACUGGUCCCGGGAUGACGUCACCGCCUUCCUCCGUUGGUUUGAGCGAGAGUUUGAGUUGCCCGCCAUCGACCACACCAAGUUCUCCCUCAACGGCAAGGCGCUGUGCAUGCUGACCAAGUGUGACCUAGCGGAACGGGCGCCCGGCGCAGGAGACAUCCUCCACAACACCCUUCAGUUCCUGCUGCGCGACGCCCCCCAGGUGCCCCAGUCCCCUCUCACACCCCACCACCCCCUGCUCUCCCCGUCUCCCCUGACGGCGGGGCCACCCCAGCCGUGGUCCAUGGUCACACAGGACAUUCACAACCUGACGCAUUUGCUGCACCAAGGCGGCUCCGUCACGCUCAGCCCAGCACCUUCGGAGCAGAGCGGUGGCUCACCGCGCCACCCAGAUAACGCCUCCUCCACCUCCUCCACGGCCGCCUACCACCACUCCUCCGCCGCCUCCACCGGCUCCGCCCACUCUGGCAGCCAGUCGGACUCUGAAGAUUCUACACGGGACUCCUCCUCCCCCCAGCGUUCGCCCGUGCCCCCCACAAGCUCCGCUUCAGUCUCCUUCCCCGCCCACGCCCUCGCCUCCCUAAAACACCUCAGCGACUACCAACGCGCCGCAGCUGCAGCCGCUGCCGCCGCCGCUGCCGCAGCAUCCUCACACCAGGAGCACCAGCAGCACCAGAGCCCCGCCCAGCCGGCCGUGCCCGCCCAGACUCAGGGUCCUCCCGGCACCGGUGAGGAACCUGUUGAGACUGGCACCAACGGUCGCCUGCUGUGGGACUUCCUGCAGCAGCUGUUAAAUGACCCACAGCAGCGGUAUUCGAGGUACAUUGCCUGGAAGAACCGCGAUACGGGCGUGUUCAAGAUCGUUGACCCACCGGGGUUGGCGCGGCUCUGGGGCAUCCAGAAGAACCACCUGAGCAUGAACUACGACAAGAUGAGCCGCGCGCUGCGCUACUACUACCGCGUCAACAUCCUGCGCAAGGUGCAGGGCGAGAGGCACUGCUAUCAGUUCCUGAGGAACCCCUCCGAGCUGAAGAGCAUCAAGAACAUCAGUAUGCUGCGCUCAGCUCCCCUCCAGUCCCCACGGGGAAAGGAUAACCAGUCCAACCAGCCAGCCCCGAUGGAGGAGGAGGAAGGCCCCACCGACCUCUCCAUGUCAUCGCUGCACCACCAGUACCACCUUCAGUCCAUGGACACCCACCCACAGAGCCUGGCGCGAGAGCCCCACGUCAUCAUAAAGAGCGAGGAGUACUUUGACCAGAGCUACGAGUAGUGACCGGUCUCAGCCGCUCUGUUCCGCCCUCAUUCGGCCCAGGACACCCCGCCAUGAGGCACGACCUGGGCCAUGCCGUCGGCCGCCGCGCCGCAGCGGCUGAGAGGCGGUGCUCGCGCGCCGUCCAGGGCAUUGGUGGAGCCCCGCCGCCCUGAGGGAGGCACCGUCCUCCCUGGCUUGCUGUGAUAACGUACACUGGUGUGGUGGCUCCUCACUCCCACAUGUACAAAGUAUAAUAGUAAGUGUAAGAAUGCGGCAGCGGCAAGCGGCGGCCGCUGCGACACACUCGCCACCAUUCCCUUCCUCUUCGCCUGGUGUGCCCCGCCGGGCCGCCCGCCCCGCCCCGCCCCGCCCCGCCCGCCUGGUGUAGACUCUUGUGUUCGUGUCUUUCAUCAGUGAUGAUUUCUUCGUGUUUUAGAGAACGAGCAACUGACAGUUCACCUCACCUGUUCUUCACUACACUGUAUGCAUAUAAAUAUAUAUUAUGAAUGUAUAAAGCUGUAUUUAUAAAAAUAAAUUUUUUGUACA